UCGCUUUAUUAACCAGGUUGUCAGAGACAGGCGAGAGUUUUGGAAACAACUAUUUCUGUUUUUGUAGUCCCCGUGUCAAGUAUAUACAAAGUCUUCCGUUCUUCUAUAGUGUCCGCGGCCAAAUGGACCCGUUAGACUUUAAAACGAAUGAAGAGUUGCAGGUUUUCUUCCACCGGAAAAAGACGGAGAUUUCGUGCAUAAAAGAACCGCACAGACUCCUCACUCAGCUGCGCGACCACGAUCUGGUGCCAGAGAAACUUUUUAAGAAUGUGAAAAACACGCGUACUCGUAAGCAGAAGGAGAAGGGCUUCUAUGAGGUUCUGGACUGGGUGGAGAAAAAUAGACCUCAGGACAUACAACAGUUCUGGCGCUGUGUGUUUGAAGAUCAUAUCCUGCAGCAGUACCCAGAGCUAAGCAAGCUCAGAAGCAGUCUGCUGGAUGGCACUUUCAAAAUCUAUGAGAAACCUCCGGAUGUUGAGAUACAGACAGAGGAGGAGAAGAGUGGAGGAAAGGCAGAGAAAGGGAAGGAGAAGAGCUACAAAAGAAAGAGAAGUAAAGAUGACAAAAGUAGUGAGGAUAGUGAUGAUCCUGGUCCUUCCUCUACUUCCAGACCCAAGCGGAGGAAACCAGCCAAAAAACCCUCAUCCUCAUCUCCUGUGAAGAAAGGUGACAAACAGGAGAUUUGGAAGUGGCCUAUUUAUAAAAUUCAGCUGCCUGUAACCUGUGGGGAUAAAGAAGGAACUCUCUAUCGGGACAAACUGCCCGAAGGGGAGAAGUGUAUUUUGUCCCAGGGGCGCUGGUUCACCCCAAAUGCUUUUGAGAAGUUUGCGGGGAAGGAAAAGUGCAAAAGCUGGAAAACCAGCAUCCGCUGCAGAAACACACUGCUUAAGAAACUCAUCGAAGAGGGGCAUCUUCUGUGUCCACAGAGGAAGAGUACAAAGAGAACACAAGUCCAAAAAAACACGAAUAAGCUGUUUACUGUCAUCUUAAACAAGAGGUUCAGUGAAGACUCAGAAACAAGCUUCGGUUUCAUGGAGGAAAGCGAUGCUGAAGAUUUCCAAAAGCAGGGAGGGAAAGGAGGAGGAACAGAGUUUAGAGGGAGAGCUGAGGAAGAGGAGGAGGAGGAAGAAGAAGACAUGGCAGAUAUGUCUGUUUUCCAGGCUUAUUCUUUACCAGUCACCUGUGUUUCACUUACUGGGACUCUGUACAAAUACAGGUUUGCGUCAGGGAGUCGUGGGAAGUGUAUACGUACUGAGGAAAGAUGGUUCACUCCGGAGGAAUUUGUAAAGCAGGAACCGAUUCUCACUGAUGGACACUGGAAGAAAGAUAUACUGUGCCAUGGAAAAAUGCUCAAAUUUUUACUCAAGAAAGAAAUCCUGCACAUCCAUUCCCUUCAGUGUGAAUGUGAAAAAUGCUGUACUAAAGAGCAAGAUGUGACGGCCCAGAACAAUGAUGACGAGUGUUAUGUGUGUCGCUCUGAGGGAGAUCUUGUGUGUUGUGACGAGUGUCCACGAGCUUUUCAUUCACACUGUCACCUACCAACUGCAGACGGAGACUCACCUGGGGAAUGGAUUUGUACCUUGUGCGUGUUAAGAAACAGUCUGCAAUGGUGUGACCCCAGUAACAUGUCUGAACAAGAAGCUUUCAAUGCCCCAGUGUCUCAAUACAGAUUGCACUGCCACUGCCUCCUGUUAUGUGUGUACAGAGAGGACAUCAAGAAGGUGUUUAAGGAUCCACGACAAAUGGUGUCCAGAUACUCUGAGGUCAUAACUCGGCCGAUGUGGCUGGACAGAAUAAAGCAGAAGUUGGAAAGUGGAGAGUAUCAGACAGUAGGAGUGUUCGUCUCUGACUUUCAGCUCAUUUUCAGCAACUGCAGCAAGUUCAGUGGGGACAAUGAGUUUGGCCGAAUGGGUGCCAGGCUGAAGCAAAUGUUUGAGGAAGAGUUCCGUAAAAUCUUCAAAAUUGCAGAAGUGUUCACACCUGAAAUACAUAAGGGAAAUGACAAAGACAAACACAAAAAUGUAUACAGGUUUGUGUGUCCAUAUGCUGGUCAUUUUUGUUGCAGUCUGACCAGCCUUGUGUUUGUGAUGGAGGGUGAAGGAGAGGUGCUUUAUAACACUGUCUCAUGGGAUUCUCAUCUGUUAGAACAUUUGGGCCGUGUUAUGCAGCCUGCAGGACCCUUGUACGACAUUAACUGUUUUAAUGGUUCAAUCUCAGGACUGCACCUUCCACACUGUGAAAUAUUCUCAGAGGAAGACAUGGAUUGUUUAGCUGUAGCACAUGUCACUGGUGGUAAUGUAGCAAUAAUGAAUCCGCUUAAAGUGACUGAAGCUUAUGUGAUGAUUGACAUCAAAGAUCUCUCCAUCUUUGGGCUCAUAAAAAGGAUGAUCUUUCCUCCUUCCCCUGUCAUUGCCCAAGUACUUGUCUUUCUGCGACCAAUAACUGUGAGACAGGAAGAAAACAUACUGGAUGUCCAUUUGCUCCCAUGGAAUGUUCCACUGUCAGAGGUCAAAGACCAGCAUGCGGAGAAUACACAUAUUAACACCAGUUCAAAGUGUUUUCUCAUCCCGGGAACACAAUACCGUCUGUGCUGUCAACCAAAGGGAUCUACAGUGCAGCCAGCGACUGAGGAGUUUGAUUUUAAUUUUGGUCCAAACUAUCAUCCCACAUUUGAAGUGUUUGUGAAUGUCAGAAAUAAGGAGGUCAAGCUGAGUCUAAUGGAUAACACUGAAGGAAGGGAAGUGUGGGUUCCACGACGAGUCCUCACAGUAACAUCAGGCCAAGAUGAAGAACUCCCAGUUCACAGAUGGCUCACGGGAUCUGAAUUUGUGAACAAUCACAGACGUCACCUCAUUCAGAAAGUUACAUCAGUGAUGGAGAUUGCUGAUGGUCUGCGUGCCAAAGGCAUGAUUACAACUGAAAUGUACAAUGAAGUUCAUGUUACAGAACCAUGCCAAAACAAAAUGAGAGUUUUGUGGAAAGCUCUUGACUCUGGAGGAGCUUCUGUAAAAGCAGAAUUCUACAGAUUGCUGAAGGAGAAAGAACCUCAUCUAGUAGAUGAUCUGGUUUCUGGACCCAAUAGUCCACAGUAAUGCUGAGACAACAUUAGAGAGGAACUUCAGUCAGUUUGAGACAUAAACGGCAGCUACAGCUCCUUUACAUGUAUAUAAGAGAGAUCCAGGUGCUUAUUUUAUGAAUUUAGUACAAGAUUUACAAAUGAUAUUUCUGGUAUGAAUCCCACAAGUUUGUGUCAAACCUUAUGAUCAUGUUCUUCAUGUUCUAAUCUGAGAAUGAACCAAAUAGCAUCUUGUGCUUCAGUGGAAGCAAGAACAUCUGACCAUCUGUACAAUGUCAACAUGUUUAGGCUAUGUCUGCUGAUUUUGCCUAUUUUAAUGUAACUGUGAAAUGCAGCA